CCAAAGUACAUAACAUAGAAGAGCUUAAUUCCUCUUAGCCACUGAGCCAACAAAGGAGUGUCAUCUCUACUGAGCACAAGAGAAACAAGUCAAGGGAAGCAAAAUAAAUAGAAGAAUGGACCCCAGCAAGUCUUUCAAUGACCCUUCAGCAAACUGGAAUGAAACAGAAAAAACAGGCCUGUUGCAACCAUCACCACCACCAUACCAAGACCAUGCUGAGCACCCUAUUGCUGGAUACCCUUUACCAGGGAGCUAUCCCAGCACUUCUGGUUAUCAAGGCCAGCAAUAUGGAGCUCCGGUAGGCAUGUAUGGCCAAGGGCCGUAUCCAGGGCAGCCUGCAGUCACUGUACAGCCAACAGUGUAUGUGACCACGACUCCAUUGGCCAAUCCACUGCCAGAUUACAUGGGCUAUUCUAUUUUUACCACGCUGUGCUGCUGUUUACCGCUGGGCAUUAUCGCUCUGGUUUAUUCCAUCAAUACACGGAAUGCUAACAUGGCCGGACACCAACUAAUGGCAGCGAAAAACUCCAGAAUGGCACGCAUUUUCAAUCACACUGCUCUUGGCAUUGGCCUCACCCUCAUUGUGCUGUAUAUCAUCUACAUCAUUGUUGUAGUUGUCAGUGCUGGAAAUCAUGGUUCUCCAUAAUUGACAGAGAUAUUAUGGUUAAUCUAAAAGUUUUUGAGCUUUACAAACAUUAACACCUUAUAGAAUGCUUAAAAUAUACACAUUUGGUAUUCUAUGCACAGUGUAGUAUUUUUAAGCUUCACAUUAAUGAGUGGUUCCAUCUAUACAGCCUUUGAGGGACGAUUCAGUAUGUUUAAUGUGUUUGACUGGCUCAUCUCAUCAUAAUCAUAAUGUAUCAGAAUUCUCUAAUACUUUAAAGAUGUGUAAAAACAAUGAAAGAUUUAACUGUCAAUGUAAAGUUAUUAUAAAGUUAGAUUUUCUUCCUGUCUUUUCAUUAAAUCAGAAUUAAAACUUUGAAUGGCCAACAGUAUAUCAGAUAACUCAUUUGGCAAGAUGACCUUUGAAAAAAUAAAAAAUAAAAAAGGAAAAUGCUUUUUGACAAAAACAGAAAGACUUUUAGACUUAGAUUUGGUUUGAUUUUCUUCCACACAAAAAGGAUAUGUAUGGAAAGUUAGGAAAUUACAGCUUCACUUCCUUAAAAAGAGGUAACCUGUCAUACCCUUGCAGCUAUUUCUGCCUGAACUAACCCUUUAAAAAAAUUGUAGGUGUAACCAAUGUUUUCAGAUUGAUCCAGUGAUUUUAAAGAGAUAGUUCACCCAAAAUGAAAACAGACUAGAAGAAGGAGUAAAUCAUGUUUUGUGACUUGAAUAAACCAAGUUAAUUCGGAUGCUA